AUGGCAGCGCCCAACAACUACAAAAUGGCAAAAUUAUUCCAACCGGGUGCUGCACCAUUUGGCAAUUUUAUCAACUACUAUUCGUUCAAUCCACCUGAGAAUCGAUUGCAAUUACUUACUGACAGUUUGUUUAAUACACUCACUAAUGGAAUUCAUUCAAAUAAGAUAUCAGUUCUUGAUAUCGGCUGUAAUGCUGGUGAUUUGACAGUUGAGUUGUACAAGUCUCUAACACAAAGAUCUGAAGUUAAACACCAAAGUAUUGCGGAUGUUGUGAUGUUUGGUUGUGACAUUGAUUCAAUAUUAAUUCAGCGUGCUACUGAAGAUAAUCCUUAUCCAGACCAAAUUACAUACCGAUCAUUCAACAUUAUGGAGGGUGCUACCCGAGUUAUGCACUUGAAAGCGUUCUUAGAUUCUCAUCAAAAAGAACGCUUUGAUCUUGUUUGUUGUUUCUCGUUAACAAUGUGGAUUCAUUUAAAUAAUGGAGAUGAUGGUUUACUAAAAUUUUUAGAUGUUGUAUCUAGCAUGACAAAGUUUCUUCUAAUAGAGCCACAUCCAUGGAAGUGUUAUCGUUCUGCAGAACGAAGAGUUACCAAGUUAGGUUGCCAAGGCUUUGAAAUGUUGCCGCAUAUCAAAAUAAGGAAUGAUGUUGAUGUGCAGAUAAAGAAAUAUCUUACUGAAAAUUGUGGGAUGACUUUGGUUAAGGACUUUGGUGCCACAACUUGGAAAAGAAGUAUUCAACUAUUUGAAAACACAAGUUUGAAAUACAUAUUAAAAUGAAAUCUUAAAUAUUUAUAUGUACAGUAUUUAUUUUGUUGAAAGUUCAUAAUAUACAGUAAAACAAUCUUGACAAUUUUUUUUUUAAUUUGUAAGUCUUUAUUGAAUAAAGUCACUAAAUGUUAAAUUUUAUCUGUACUUGAUCUGUGGUUAAUGGUUAAAUAUUGUGAAUUAUGACAUUAUAAGAGGACAUACUGUAGAUUAAAUUCUUAUUAUCUUUCAGCUUUGUAGAUUUGUGGAUUCUUGAAAUCCAGCUUAUAUGUAUUUAAUCACAUUGCCCACCAUUUUAAUUUAGUACUUUUGACAUAAUACCUCUAUAUAUUUCCCUGAAGUUAUACUUGCGAACUUAGUUUAUAAGACAGUAUUAAUUUUUUUUUAAAUACAGUUUUGCCUACUCCUCUAUAUGUUCUCUUGCUUCUGUAAAGUUAGUUACUGUACUGUAUACACCAGCAGUUCUAUUGAUCACAACCCAAAAUUGGAUCACUAAACUAGAGGGUUGCGCGGUUUUUUUAAUUUAGAAAUUUCUACAUCUUGUGUUUACCGUGACCAUUUUUUUAAGUGUUUUUUUUAUAAUUUUCCCGAGAAGUGGGUUAUUAAUUGCCUAGACAUUUUAGGUCGUCGGCCAAAAAGUUUAUAUACUAUACAUUGUUCCAAAGAUAUAUUAUUGUACAGAAACAAGAGUGGAACUGGAGUGGUGGUUAUAAUGAUGCACACUCUCCCAUCUAAUGGUCGAUCCUUGGUUCAAAUCCAUUAAAAUUCCAGGAUUUUGUUUUUCUCAAGACGAAAAAUCAACUUCACUUUCUCGGUCUAAUU